AUUUCUAUAGUGUUAACUAACUUCAUUAAAAGAAGUAGGUUUACAUCAGUAGAGUGGCCAAAGUGUAGACUUCAAUACAGGCAAGGAAAUAUUUUAAGAAAAUGCAAUACAAAUUUUAUUCAAAUAUGACUUUUCCCUAUAAACUCUGAGAAUUAAAAUAACAUUUGUAUGAUUUCUUGUUAUGUUUUUGAGUCCCCGUCUCUCUCUCUUUUUGCAAGCUCUUCCCCAACAGACUCCAAGCAUGUCAGGACCUUUGAUACAGAAAGCGCUCCUCCACCUGAUUAACUCAUAAUCUCAUUAAUCACUGCAGGUCUUUCGGCCUGUAAUCUCAUUAACCAAUAUUUUUGUUAGAGCUUCCUUUCAAGUGGGAUCUGUAACGCACAGAAAAGCACCCACCAGCUCCUUUUACAAGUUUCACACCUGUUACACUACAAAGAGCAUUUUGGUUUCGGUUCAUAACGACCUGUCACAUUAAGGUCUUUGGAUCAGAGACAUCCCCGCUUUGACGCGUCUCUUCAAAGGACUACAGGAUGAAAAGGCGGGAUUAUAAAACUGUGUUUAAGCAUCCCACGGGGACCAGUCUGCAUCUGCUCGUGAAAGUAUCUUCAUCAUAAAUGGGAACUAUGACCGGUCUCACUGUGGAGUUUGCGUUUUUUCUUCUGGUGGAUUUGGUUUUGAGUCUCUGUGCGCAGCCAUUCCGCGGGAUGCUUCCCGACGCGCUGUUCCGAGGGAUGACGGGUCGGUCCGUCGGCUCCAGACGCGCUGGAAACAGGCUUCCGGUGUACAUGAUGCAGCUCUAUCGGACAAUGAGGACCGAGGAUCGGACCAGAUCUUCGGCAGGCAUCAGCAGCAUCGAGAGGGAGGAUAGCCCCGUCCUCCACGAAUCCGACUCAGUGACCAGCCUAGUCGCUAAAAGUUGCUAUCAGAUUAGUGAGAAAUGGUCAGUUAUCUUCGACUUGUCCUCCAUGUCUCCAAGUGAUAACAUCCACCUGGCUGAGCUCCACAUCCGUCAGCCUGCCUUCACAGAGUCUUCCACUGCCUCCAUAGACAUCUAUCACUCCAACUGGGAACGAUGUUCUGUUACGGACUGCUCUGAGAGCAGGCUGCUUCUGGGACGCCUGAGAGCUCAUCCAAGCUCAGUGGUCUCAACCUCAGCAUGGAAAGUAUUCAACAUGACCAAGAUGAUCCGCCGCUGGCUUUAUCGGCGACCCCCAGUUCAGAGAAUGGAGGAGGAUGUAACUCAGGUGAAAGAGGAUCAUGAGCAGCAGAGAAUCCAGCACCCAACGGCCAAUAGGGUGAUGAUAGUGGUCUUCUCUAGGCAGAGCCCACGCAGCCAGCGAAUGCCAACACUGAUCCGCACUGCAGAACACUCCAAGUACGUCAACCUGGACAGGGUGCCCACCGCCACGAUGAGGAGCCACAGGAAAAAGAGGCAUGGACAGGAAUGGCAGCGGCAGAGAGACGCUGCAAGGGAGGAGGGGAAAAGUGAUCUCUGCAGGAAGGAGGACAUGUGGAUAGACUUUGAGAAGUUCAACUGGAGCGAGUGGAUCGUCUAUCCCAAACGGUUCAAUGCUUAUCGCUGUGAAGGGACAUGUCCUACACCUGUAGAUGAGACCUUCGCUCCAACCAACCAUGCAUACAUGCAGAGCCUGUUGAAGCUACACCUACCAGACAAGGUACCAAGUCUGUCUUGUGUGCCCACACGCCUGGCACCACUUUCAAUGCUGUACUACGAGAACGGGAGGAUGGUGAUGAAGCAUCAUGAGAACAUGGUCGUGGAGGAGUGUGGCUGCCACUGAGGACACAAAAAGUGGCUAAAAAAACUACAGGCACUUUACAUCUAAUCUCAAACUUGGACAAAAG